AUGAACAACACGACCUGGUUCUGGGUAGAAUGCGGCGACCAGACGGCGCAAGACAUAACGGCACUUGUACUGACCACAGUUGGUAUUGUGGGCAACGCCGCCUUCCUGUACGUUAUCAUAUCCUUACGAGAAAUGCACACCACUACGAACAUAUACCUCGCCAACUUAGCAAUUGCCGAUCUGAUAUUUUUAGUACUGAACGGAAUCCAGCCUUUUUGUUAUGUCAUAGGGACUGAGAUAUGUGCGCCGUUACUACUCAACAUUGAGUUUCAUUGCAUCAGCAACUUCAUAGCCAGCACGGGCUUCUUUGCCGGGAUGAUCAUCGUCGGGGUAAUCGCCAUUGAACGCUACUGUGCCAUUUGCUACCCAUUGCACGGUAACGGAUGUUUGUAUUGGAUGCGAAAGAUAUCGUGGAUCCUGCAAGCAUUGUGUUGGCUCUUAGCUAUUCUACCAAGUAUUACCCCCUUGCUCCCCUGCUAUGGCAAAGACUCUACUUAUACCCAGAUGGCGCAGACUAUGGUUUUGAUUCCCAUGUUCUUCACCUUGACGAUACUGGUGUUCGUCCUGUACAUUCGCAUGGCUGUCACGCUGCGCAAAUCAGCGCGAAACAACGUUCUCAAUUCACCGGCUGCCUGGGAAACAGAGAGGCAAGUGAUGCGCAUCUGUCUGAUAACUGCUGUACUCUACAUCAUCUUCAUGUUCCCGUAUAUUCUGAGACUUAUUGAAGAAUUCCUGAUUCUCUACUUUUCGUAUUUCGCCGCUUUCAGUACGUACCCGUGUUUUCGUAACGUUGCUAUUUAUUUCUUAAUGGUGAAUGCCUCCAUCAAUCCCGUGGUGUACAACGUUGCCAGUUCCCGAUACAGAAUCGCUUUUAAAACAGCAUUUCGUUGUAAUUAA